AUGAUUGGAGCGCUUGCUUCGUUUCUGUCGUUGUAUAUUGUAGUUGGCGGUGGGACAGCCGGUUCAGUUAUCGUGAGAAAGCUUUGGGAUGGCUUUCAAAGACAUCAAUGUCAAUCAUUUCAUCAAGCGGCAAGUUCAGCUCCACCGGCUACAGUAUGCAUGCGUCAAACACUGUUCAGUAACAAUGACAAUCAGACGUGUCGGCCAUUAUGUUUCACCUAUCAACCGAAAAUUCUGCUUUUGGAGUCUGGACCAAGAAUGAGUUGGUUGACAAAGAUAAUAAGCGAUACACCUCUGUUUGCCCCAUUGCUUUAUGGACGAGGCAUAGAUACUGUUGACCGGACAACAUCGCAGAAGUCUGCAGCUCUACAACUGAAAAAUAAUGUGAUUUUCUUACCUCGUGGACGUGUUUUGGGGGGAACUGCAGUACUUAAUGCAAUGAUAUUUUCCUGCGGUCAUCCAGAUGACGAAUUGGUUAAAGAAUUUCUGAAAAAUGAUCCGGAAUUCUUUUCAACACUAUUCGACGGUAAAAGUGAAGGAUGUCAUUUGAAACCAGAAGUAAUUAAUCACCAGCCAUACAAUCGACUGAUUCAUGAAUAUUUCAAGAAGGCCUUCAGUUUGAGAGGAUCAAAGGUGGAUUCUUUUGGUGCAGUGUGUCAGUCGCACGAAGGACUUCAUAUUCCAAUGGGUUUCGUUCGUAAUGCUCAACGUAUCAGCUCAUUCAGUGAGUGCCUACUACCGCUGAUGAAUGAAAAACCCAAAGAUUUAACAGUUAUCACAGGCAUACAAGUUGAAAAAUUACUGUUCAGUCGAAGUGACCACGGGAAUUUAUCAGCCUAUGGAGUUGUAGCCAAAUACAAAGGUCACUCUUUUACAAUCAAAUUAAAGAACACCAUCCUGGGGAAGCAAAUGAGGUGGAAUCCUGAAAUUAUACUUAGUGCUGGUGCCAUAAAAACUCCAGAAAUUCUGUUAAGUUCUGGUGUAGGUCCAGUCGAAGACUACAGUAAUGAUAAGAGGCCUAAUCUUCUGAAUUUAUCCGUUGGUAAAAAUCUUCAUGAUCAUCCAAUGAUUGGUCUGAUAUGCUCUGUUGUAAAUGGGAAAACAUUGACAAUGGACAGCUUCACUGUAGCAGAAAUAUUUAAAUAUUAUUGGAGAGGAGAAGUAUAUUAUGCUUUACAGCUGGGCAAUUUUCAGCCAAAUGCUUGGGAUAAAUUCAGUAAAGAUGAAAAUGGUGAGAAUUUCGAAAGUCCUAUCAUCUUACUGGUUACACUGAUCAAUCCUCGUUCAAGAGGUGAACUAAAGAUACAGAACAAUAACAGUAACGACAAUAAUAAGGGCGGCAACUGUGAAAGUGGACGACUGGACAUUAAUCCCGCCUACCUUAGUGAACAGAGUGAUCUUGAUCGGUUAGUCGAGGGCAUAAUUUGGAUACACCAAACACUUUACUACAUCAACGAAGUGAAUCAACUCACCCAGUCCACAGUGACUACCAGUGAGAAACCAAUCAGCAUAAAGCUACAUUUGCCAAGGUAUUCGGGUUGUCCACAAAUUCCAAACGCCAAUAGCUCAAAAGACUUUGAGUCAAUUGAAUUUUCUAAAAAAUUGAAAGCAGCUGUAGCCUGUCUAGCCAAAUCAAUAACUCUUUCAAACUAUCACUUAGUGGGAACAUGCAGUAUGAAGUUACCGAAUGCAAAGUUUUCACCGGUUGUUGAAGACAACUUCAAUGUUGUUCAUCUAGAACCACUGUCUCAAAAUACCUCAAAGUCUGUGUGUGCUGAAUAUAAGACAAUCGCGAAUGAAACACUUGAAGAAUUGGAAUGGUGCUUGAAACAACUGGAAAACAUUCAAACAAAGCGACCCGUUUCAGAUAUGGCAUUUUCAAAAUUCAAACGUUUGCUAAACAAAGAGUUGAGCAGUUUUGGCGAAGCUGAUAAAUCUAGGCAUCAAAUAUCUGCAUACAUUUGUGAAACAUUUUUGGAAACUGAAAAAGAUGCUGAAGCCAAUGAAGAGAUUGAAUCAAUGCUGGAGAGACGACGUAGCAGUGGCCAGUCACACUGUUCCAACAGUGGACAAGACUCGGGCAAUGGAAAUAAACGGCAUUCAUCAAUAGCCAGUGAUGUGAACGCCAGUAUAUCCAGUGCAAAAUCACCAGAUUCCUCUUCAAAAGGAAAACUGGAAUCUCCUGGCAGUGCAUCCGCAGAAUCGCAUAAAGUUACCCAGCCAAGUGAUACAAACACGUCUGCAGCAAGACAGUCAAUGACAAAUUCAUCAAAAGGAACAAAUGUUGACGAGAAAUCUGGAACAGACAAUGCGUCGACACUUCCGAUUCACGGUGUUGAAACUCCCAAUGACAAAGAACUAGAAGAGAGAUUUACUCAAAGCUUAGAUGAAUGGGGCUUGGAUAUCUUUGAAAUUGAUCGGUUGUCCAACGGACAUGCACUCACAACUGUAGCCUACAGAAUAUUUCAGAAACGUGAUCUCCUGAGAACUUUCUGUAUAGAUCCAAGCGUUUUUGUACGCUAUAUGUUAAAAGUGGAAUCCACGUAUCAUGCUGAUGUUCCGUAUCAUAAUUCAAUGCAUGCAGCUGAUGUUUUACAGACAUCGCAUUAUUUACUACAAGCAGAAACACUGGAUGAUGUGUUCAGUGAUCUGGAGAUCUUAGCUGUUCUUUUCGCCUCAGCUAUCCACGAUGUCGAUCAUCCUGGAGUAACAAAUCAAUUCCUUGUCAAUACCGGGCAUGAAUUAGCCUUACAGUACAAUGAUUCCUCUGUACUAGAGAAUCAUCAUCUUUAUAUGGCCUUUAAAAUUCUAAGUGAACCAGAAUGCGAUAUAUUUGCUAACUUAGGCGUUAAGAAACGUCAAACACUGCGUAGAAUGGUAAUAGAACUGGUACUAGCAACAGACAUGUCCAAACAUAUGAGUUUGUUAGCUGACCUACGGACAAUGGUUGAAACUAAAAAGGUUUCUGGAUCCGGUAUACUGAAUUUGGACAAUUAUGCAGAUCGAGUACAGAUUUUGCAAAAUAUGAUCCACUGUGCUGAUUUGAGUAAUCCAGCUAAACCGUUAAGAUUAUAUCGAAAGUGGACUGGACGCCUUAUUGAAGAAUUCUUUAGACAAGGGGAUAAAGAAAGAAAACUAUCGCUUGAAAUUAGUCCAAUGUGUGAUCGUGAAUCUGUAGCAAUUGAAAAAUCCCAGGUUAGUUUCAUUGACUUCGUGUGUCAUCCUUUAUGGGAAACCUGGUGUGAUCUUGUCCAUCCUUGUGCUCAGUUAGUCCUAGACACCCUGGAAGACAACAGAGACUGGUAUGAAUGCCAAGCAGAGGAUCCCAAGUCGAAAGGUGCUCAGUCUGCAAGACCAAAGUUAGCAACUGCAGCUGAAGAUGACGAGGAAGUGUCAAUAACCUCAGGAACUGCACAAGAACAAUAA